AUGCAAGCCACACAUGCGUUCGAAUGUAGGAAAGAGCCUUCCGAAGCACGACUGUGGGCUGCUUGGGAGUUGCUCAGUCAUACGCGCCAAGAACUAUUGAGAACGCAACGACGGUUCAAUCUUGAACGAGAAAUCACAGCACUGCAACAACUCUUGAAUCUGCAGAGGGAUAUACUUGUAGAAGUGGUUAGAAGCUUGGAAAAUUUCAAAGGAAGGUACACUUCUUUCGCUUCCUCUCUAGCAUGCACUACGGCGGCUAUGCCCAUUACUGAUAUUCAGACUGGAGAUCUAGAAAUUCUUGAAAAUUAUCAAGUGGAACUGCCUUCGAUGGACGAGGUUGCCUGCUCGUUGCGAGAUAUAUGUGCCAACAUGAAAGAAGAGGCUGAAGAAAUCAACGAAUGCAAUGCUUUGCUACGGGCAAUUGUUAACGCAGAGACAAUGGAGCGUAGUCUAAGAAUUCAGAAAAUAGAGGCUGUUGCCAAGGAUUACCAACCAGCACGGCUGGAAUAA